AUGCAUUUUUCUCUUCUUCUCCUCAUCUUCAUCUUCACAGAUGGAGUUUCCUCUAAGAAGGUGUGCACCUACCAGGACGUCCUGGACUACCUGAAUCUGACCAAAGAUAACAGUGCUUUCAAACUGACCCGACCUGUCCUGGACCACACACACCCGACUAAGGUGGAGCUGGACAUCUUCCUCUACGCCAUCCUGGCUGUGAUUGAAAAAACACAAACUUUCAUUCCUUUUAUUUGGGCAACAAUGAGAUGGAACCAUGAACGCAUCUUCUGGGAACCUGAUCAGUUUUGUGGAAUCUCUCAGGUUGCAGUUCCCAGAGACUUACUGUGGAACCCGGACCUCUUCCUCUAUGAGAUGAUACAGAAGGACGAAUCUCCUCUGAAUCCUUACGUGCUUUUGUCCCAUAAUGGCUGGGUCAGUUCUGACGAGGACAUGAAGGUGGUCAGCACAUGUAAAAUGGACGUCCACAAGUUCCCCUUCGACACGCAGAGAUGUAACAUCACCAUUGCAUCUGCGAUACAUCACGUCGAGGAGCUCCGGCUUCUUCCUUGCUCCAACUCGUCCCGGGCCACGCAGUUUUCCAGAGAGGUGAUGAAGACGCAGGGAGAGUGGGACUUUGUCCAACUAUCUGUCACCAACUACAACACCAGCUUCAGCAACAGACUGUGGGAAAGUCUUGUAUACACUUUCACCAUUAAGAGAAGACCUCUCCUGCAUGUCAUCAACUUCCUGUUGCCCAUCCUGUUCUUCCUGUGCCUGGACCUCGCCUCCUUCUUCAUCGCAGAUCAUCGAGGAGAGAAAUUAGGCUUCAAAGUCACCGUGCUGUUAGCCAUCUCAGUGCUGCUGCUCAUCCUGAACGACAUCCUGCCCUCCAUGUCCAACAAGACUCCGCUUAUAGCGACCUACUGCAUAGUGAUCUUUGCACUGAUGCUGCUCAGUCUGCUGGAGACGAUCCUGGUGACGUAUCUGAUCGAGAAGGACUUGGCAUCGCGGGAGAAGGUCAGGCUGAGGGACAACUGGCAGGACAAAACUGAGAGGGUCAAAAUGCAGGAAUGUAACACAGGUGAGAGACCCAAAAGCUGCUGUGCCUGCAUCUGUAAAGUGUCUGCUGGAGAGAAACAGAAUGAGCUGAUGCCUGUGGCUGAGGAGGCUAACCGCAGCAUUCAGUCAGGAGACAACCACGUGCUGCUGUUGAUCCUGGAGGAGCUGAAGGAGCUGCAGAAAAGUGUCGACCUGCACCUGAACCACAGAGUGGAAGGAGGGAAGUCUGUCCUCUGGGCUGCAAAAAUCAACAAAGCUUUCUUCAUUUUCUAUGUCAUCACCGUGUCACUGUUUCUGCCCUUCAUUUUCAUCGAAUGGCACUCUUAG